UGACGGGAGCUGAAGAAGUCACGGGUCUCCUCACGCCAUCCGCACACCCGGCCCAAAAUAUCUCACCCGGCAACCGGCGCUAACCCCCUCCUCCCGGAACCCGCUGCGCCUCGGUGAUCUUUCAAACUUUCUCGCUCUCUUUCCCCCAAACCCAAUUAUCGAAUCAAAACGAGAGGGAGGUCUUGCGAGCUUUCGAUGUCGAAAUCCACUGUUACCUCCACCGAGCUCAAUUACCUCGUCUUCCGGUACCUCCAGGGAUCAGGUUUUACACACUCAUCCUUUGCUUUAGGAUACGAGGCGGGUAUCAGCAAAAGUGAUAUUGAUGGAAAUACCGUCCCGCCUGGUGCUCUUGUUACGAUUGUGCAAAAAGGCCUUCAAUAUAUAGAGUUGGAAGCAAACUUAGACACUAGUGAGUUGGAUGUUGAUGAUGACUUUUCUCUGUUACAACCUUUGGAUCUUAUCACAAAAGAUGUCAAAGAACUGCAACAAAUUAUAAGAGAGAAGAAGAAGAAAAAACUUCUGAAGGAACGCAAUAAAGAUAAGGAAAAGGAUAAGGAAUAUGUUCAAGAACAUGAACGGCAACUUGGAGGCGAGAGGGAGAGAGAAAGACAGGAUAGAGACAAAGAUCAGGAGAGGAAUAAAGAGAAAAUAGAAAGGGACAAAAAACAAGAGAGAGAAAAAGAAAAGCAACGUGCGGAGCGCAAAGAUAAGGCCAGACUCGAUGAAAAUGGGGGUUGUGGAGGUCUUGAACCCAUGGAUAUCACCCCUAGCUCACAAUCAGUGCCUUGUGAGAUUUCUAGUUCUGAUGUAACCAUUUUGGAAGGACACAGUUCUGAGGUCUUUGCUUGUGCAUGGAGCCCAGCGGGUUCACUUCUAGCAUCUGGUUCUGGAGACUCAACAGCAAGAAUUUGGACAAUUUCAGAUGGCCCUUGUGGUUCCAAUAUGCAAAUUUCACCUCCAAAUGUACAUGUUCUGAAACAUUUUGAGGAUAGAACUAAUGAAAAAAGCAAGGAUGUCACGACCCUAGAUUGGAAUGAAGAAGGUACGCUACUUGCAACAGGUUCCUAUGAUGGGCAGGCAAGAAUAUGGAAUAGGGAAGGGGAAUUGAAGAAUACUUUAAUUAAACAUAAAGGACCAAUUUUCUCCCUGAAAUGGAAUAAGAAGGGUGAUUUUCUCCUUAGUGGAAGUGUAGAUAAAACUGCUAUUGUGUGGGAUACAAAGACAUGGGAGUGUAAGCAACAAUUUGAAUUUCACUCGGCUCCGACACUUGAUGUUGAUUGGAGAAACAAUAAUUCUUUUGCAACAUGCUCAACAGACAACAUGAUUUAUGUUUGUAAGAUUGGUGAAAAUCGCCCAGUUAAAGGUUUCUCCGGGCAUCAGGGUGAAGUUAAUGCCAUCAAAUGGGAUCCAACUGGUUCACUGUUGGCUUCAUGUUCUGAUGAUAGGACUGCCAAGAUUUGGAGUCUGAAGCAGGACAAAUAUUUGUACGACUUCAAGGGGCAUAACAAGGAAAUAUACACUAUUAGAUGGAGCCCUGCAGGUGCAGGUACAAACAACCCAAAUCAGCAAUUGGUACUGGCAAGUGCAUCUUUUGACUCAACCAUAAAGUUAUGGGAAGUUGAGCUAGGACGCCUUCUGUACAGCUUAAAUGGCCACAGGCAAGCAGUAUACUCUGUGGCAUUUAGCCCAAAUGGUGAGUAUCUAGCAAGCGGGUCAUUGGAUCAAUGCCUGCAUAUUUGGUCAGUGAGAGAAGGGAGGAUUUUGAAGACUUACAGGGGAGGCGGUGGCAUUUUCGAAGUCUGUUGGAGCAGGGAAGGUGACAAAAUUGCAGCCUGUUACUCCAACAACACUGUAUGUGUGAUGGAUUUCAGAAUGUAGGCAGCUGCUGGUAUCCUAGGAACAAUCAAUUAAGCAGGAGGCUUAACUUAUUUUCUAGGGUUUUCAAAGAUAGCAAAUGUGUGUAUAAAAAUGCCAUGUAAUAGCGUGUUUGUCCCAUUUGUUUCCCCUCCAUUUUGAACCCAAACCCAAUCAUGUUAAUUAGUGCUGCAGUCUGUUCAAAGCAUGCAAAAUGAUUGAGAAUGCCAUGGUUAAGGAAGAGACACAUGUAGGUUAUUCUAGAAACUGGACUCAAGCUCUAGAUGUUUAUGUGUAAUAUAUGAUUAGUGCUGAUGACUGGUUGGCUCUUAAUUA